AAUACAAGCCAUUUGUUGUAGCGGCAACAUACUGCAAGUACACGGCACCCAGCGAUCAAGUGCCGACUCCAAGACCGGCUCUGGGCGGCGCCGCCACGAGCAAGGUGCCGAACUGCGCUGGCGGGCGGCGUCAGCGACAGGACUCAGCUGUCGCCCACUUAAAUCGUCGCCACUUGCACGGGCGCUUCGCACAAAUAUGCACGCUACGCUUUCCUUGCGGGCAUGCAGCGCAGCCACUGCCGGUGCCGGGCUUUGAUUUGAUUUAGCUGCGAUGGCGCCAAACUUUGGCGGGAGCUUUCUGCUGCGCCUUUGGCUGCUGUUGUAGUUGGCCACAUUAGGCAAAGUAACUACGGGCAACAAUCUUGGUAACAUUCAUUAGCCCUAGUUAUAGGUUGGUCGCGAAUUCCCGGAACUAGGUCUUGCUUGCGGACUCUCGGAGCCGGCUAGUUCGGCCUCAACAUCACGAUCUGCCUGCUAUCACGCUUCUCGAUAGCUAAAUAGCAAGCACACACAAGGCGUCGCAGGGUGCCGCUUAUCCCCACCUUCCCCUUGGUGUACAAACCCGUCUUCCUUCCCAGUGCCCCCCAUGUCGAGCGCCGGCCCCCUGCUCGGGGCGUCGGCAGCAUCGGCCUGCGGGCCCUCCGCCCGGCCAGCCUGCCUCACGGGGGCCACGGCCGCGCUCGCGCGCCGGCGGCGCCAGGGGCGCCACCCGGCCCCCCAGACACCAGCAUCUCUCCCCAUCACCUCCUCGAUCGCUGGGCCAGUCCCCGUUGCCCCGCUUGCAGCCAGCUCGUCUGCUGCCUCGACGUCUGCCGCCACGUCAGCAGCAGUAGUAGCGCAGUGCUCGUCGUCAUCGUCGCCAUCACGAUGGCAGCAGCGGAGCCCUCAGGGCUCGGCGGCGGCGCCGGCGCGGUGGCAGGCGCCAGCGUCAGCGCCAGGCCCGCAGCGCGCCGCCCUGCUCCACACCUGCGCCUCUGCCGCCUCCCGCAGCGCUGGGCUUAGCAGCGACAGCGGCAGCAGCAGUGCCAGCACCACCAGCGGCAGCAGCAGUAGCACCAGCGGCAUGCUGCCUGUUGGGGCGGGCCGCGCUGGCAGAUCGCGGGAGCGGCUGGCGCCGCCGCCGGCCGCCACCUCGGGUGCCUCAGGACGCGGGUCCGGCGUGCCGCCGCCGGGGCCCGCCUCCUCCGCCUCCGCCUCCGCCGCGGCUGGCGCCUUCAAUCCGCGCUACCAGCACCACUCGCCGCAGCCGCAGGCGAAGCCGCACCCGUCUCACCUGGCGACCACACAGCCCGGCGCUGGCCAGGCCAAUGUCUCCCAUCACCACCACCACCUUCAUCACCACGGGUCAUCGACCUCGACAGCCGCCGCUACUGCCUCCAGCUCCGGCUCCGGCUCCAGCAGCCGCCGCGGGGGCUCUGCCUCCACCCCCGCAUCCGCAUUCCGCUCAGCGACAGGGCCGCUCGCGCAUGGCAAUGGCGACGGCGCCAGCGCCGGUGGCGGCAGUAGCAGCGGCGGCAGUAGCAGCGGCGGCAGUAGCAGCGGCGGCAGUAGCAGCGGCACCGGUGGCGGGGGCCUACCCGGGCGCGAUGAGUCGCGUAUGAUUACCACUGGCGCGACCGCCUCUGCCUCUGCACCGCAGGCCUCUGCAUCCGCCUCGGUCGCCAGCUCCCGCCAAAACCCGCGGCCACCGACCCUGCCUACGGAGUGGCAGCGCUCGCCGCCGCCGCCUCCCUCGGCGAUGCCGGCGCCGCCGGCGCCGCAGCUGCAGCAGCCGUCGCGCCCUAGCACCAUUGCUGGCAGCACCAGCAGCGGCAGGAGCAGCAGCAGCAGCGUGAGCGCUGGCGGCGGCGGCAGUAGCACUGCUGUCAUGGGCGGCGGUGAGGCCACCCGGCUGGAGAAGCUGUACAUUCGGGACUUUGCGUUGGUGACGGAGCAGACUGUGCGGCUGGGCCCCGGGCUGAACGUCAUUACCGGCGAGAGCGGCUCCGGCAAAUCCGUGCUGGUGGAGGCGUUCUCACAGGUGUUGGGCGCGGCGGCGCCGGCCGAGUGCGUGCGCGCGCCGGCCGAAGUCGCCAUCAUCGAAGGCACCUUUGUGGUGGGGCCGGCACACGCGCCCGCCGUGCGGCAGCUGUUGCAGAGCUCGGGGCUGCCGGCGCGUGCGCUGCCGCCGCCUGCGGCUGCGGCUGCGGCGGGCGUGGUGGCGGCGGCGGCCGGUGGCGCAUCGGUUGAGGAGGCGGAGGGCGGCGCGGCCGCGGGUGGAGGCAGCGGCGCGUUUCAGCUGACUGUGCGGCGCGAGAUCGCGCUGGCCCCCGGCGGCGGGCUGCGCAGUCGUGUGGCUCUCAACGGCGCGCCCUCCAGCCUGCGGCUGCUGCGCGAGCUGGCCGGCCUGCUGGUGGACACCAACGGCCAGCACUCCACGCUGGCACUCAGGGACCCGGCCACACAGCUCGAGCUGCUGGACCGCAUCGCCGGCACCGCCCCGCUGGCCGCCGCAUACGGCUCCAGCCUGGCGGCGCUGCGGGCGGUGGAGGCGCGGCUGGACGAGCUGGACGAGCUCGACAACGAGGGCGAGCGGGCGAGGCUGCAGAAGCUGGUGGACGCGGUGAACAAGCUGCGUGUGCUGCCGGGGGAGGAGCGCGAGCUGCGGCGGCUGCUAAAGAAGAUGGAGGCCCGGCGCAGUGCGGUGGAGCAGUGCGGGCUGGUGCGCAUGGCGCUGUGCGGCGAGGCCGGCGCCGGCGGCGUUACGGACGCGCUGCGCACCAUCGAGGCCCAGCUCAACGCCAUCCUGGCCACCGAGGAGCAGCAGCGCGCGGCGGCGGCGGCGGAGAGGAAGGCAGCGGCGGCGGCAGCGGCUGCCGCUGCCGCGGCGGCGGCGGGCAAGGGCGCCGAGGCAGGCGGCGGCUCGCACGGGGCCGAGGACGAGGCGAGGGGCGGCGACGGCGGCGGCGAGGGCGAGGCGGAGGAGGAGGAGGCCGAGGAGGACGAGGAGGGCGGCGGCGGCGGCGGCGGUCGCGGCGGCGGCGCUGCGAUGAUGGAGGAGGCGUUGGAGCAGGUGGCGGCGGCCAAGGAGAUGCUGGCGGCGGCAGACAGCAUGGUCAAGUCGUAUGCGCGGCGCUACGCCUUCUCCGCCGCCGAUGCCGAGGCCACGCAGGAGCGGCUGUCGCGCCUGGAGCGGCUCAUGAAGACCGCGUCCGCCGCCGGCUUUGGCGGCGGCCGCAUCACCACCAGCGAGCAGCUGCUGGCGGCGGCGGAGGAGGCGGGCGCCAAGCUGGCCGCGUACUACGAGAUGGAGGGCCAGCGCGAGGGCUGGGAGGCGCAGCUGAUGGACCUGGCCGCCGACAUCCGCCGCCGCGCGCUGGCGUUGUCGGGCCGCCGCCGCGCCGCCGCCGCCGCGCUGCGGGGCUGCGUGGAGGGCUGCCUGCGGGAGCUGGCCAUGGGCGGGAGCCGCUUCGACGUGCGCAUUGGCUGGGCCGAGGACCGCACAGGUGACGUGGGUCUGUACGUGGACGAGCAGUCGGCGGCGGCGGCCGGGCUGCCGGAGCUGGGCGGAGGCACUUACCUGCUGGGGCCGCGAGGCUGCGACCAGGUGGAGUUCCUGCUGGCGGCCGGACCCGCGGAGCCGCUGCGGCCGCUGGCGGCUGUGGCGUCCGGCGGCGAGUCGGCGCGCGUCAUGCUCGCGCUCAAGGCGGCGCCCGCGGCGGCGGCGGCGGCCGCGGCGGCGGCGGCGGCGGCGCAGGGCGGCUGGGAGGAGGAGGACGAGGCGGCGGUGGUGGCGGCCGGUGCGGGCAUGCCUGGCGGCGGCUCGGUGCCCAUCCUGAUCCUGGACGAGCUGGACAGCGGCAUCGGCGCGCGGCUGGGCGGGGCGGUGGGGGCCAUACUGGCGCGUAUGACCGCGCCGCUGCAGACGGCACAGCAGCACAGGCAGCAGGGGCAGCAGGGGCAGAGGCAGCAGCAGGGGCAGCGGGAGAGGGACAGGGAGGAGGACGAGGAGGGGCAGGAGGAGGUGGCGGCUGCGGCGGCGAUGGGCAGCGGCGGGGCCAGCAACAGCCAGAUCAUCUGCGUCACACACCUGCCGCAGGUGGCCUGCUACGCCGCCCACCACCUGAAGGUCCAGAAGGACACCGCCCUGCUGCAGCAGGAGGAGGCAGCAGCGGCUGUAGCUGCUGCAGCCGAGGCGGCUGUAGCAGCAGGCGGCGGCGGCGGCAGCAGUGGCGGUGGCGCGCGUGUGACGACCAGCUUCCGGCCACUGGUGCGGUUCGAGGAGCGCUGCGAGGAGGUGGCGGCGAUGCUGGGCCUGGGCAAGGACGUGGCGGCCGACAUGCUGCGCACCGCCCAGGCGCAGGUGGCGGCGCUGCACCCCCAGCUGGCGGCGCAGCAGCAGGCAAUGGCGGCGGCUGUAGCAGCCGACGGCGGGGCCGCGCCGGCGGCUGUAGCAGCAGCGGCUGCAGCCUCGGUGGACGCGACGGCUGUAGCAAUGAACGGCUCGCCGCGGGAUGACAUCCUGCGGGCGGUGCAAGACUCACUGAGGGCGGGGGACGAUGAUGGCGUGGCGGCGGCGGCCGUGGCGGCGGCGGCGGAGGCGGCUGCCGACGCGGCGGCUGGCGGAGGCGGAGGCGGCGGCUUCAGCGCAGUGGGAGGCAGCGGCACUAGUAGCAGCGGCAGCGGCGCCGGCGGGAGCGGCGGAGCCGGGAUCAGCAUCAAUCCCCGCCUCUCCGGGCCCUCCCCUGCAUCGCCUCCGGCCCAGAGCUCGCCUGAGGCAAGCGCUGCUACUCCUUCAUCGUCGUCGUCGGCGACGGCGGCGGCGGCGGUAGUGGCGGCGGCGGCAGCGGGCAGUUGGGCAGGCAGUGGAAGCGACGAGGAUGACUCAGGCGCGGCGGCGCUGCUGGCCGGUAUGGAGGCGGCGGCUGUGCAGCAGCUCGCACGCAUGCAGGCGCAGGCGCAGGCGGUGGCGGAGGUGGCCCGGGCGGCGGCGGCGCUGGCGGCGCCGCCGUCCGCGACCUCGGCGGCGCCCGUGGCGGCGGCGCCGCCGCCGCCCUCCUCCUCUGGUGUGCUGGGGCUGUCGUACGUGAUGGAGGUGGAGGAGGUGCUGCGGGCGCAGGAGGUGGCGGCGGAGACGGGAGUGGAGGUGGCGGCGGCGCAGGAGCAGAGGCAGUGGGAGGCGCAGGAGCAGACGCAGGCGCAGGCGCAGGCGCAGGCUUGGGAGGAGCAGCAGCAGUUGGUGGAGCAGGAGGAGGAGCGGGCCCCGUCGCCAAGCGGCAGCGAUGCUGACUCGCUGUAUGAGGCCGCGGCCGCAGCGGAGGCGGUGGCGGACGCUGCCACUUCUGCUACUGUUGCCGACGCCGCCGCCACUGACGCCGCGCCCGCCGUCAACGAUGGCGUCUGGGCUGAAGCCGAGGUCGCGGCUGAGGCCGCGGCGGCGGCAGCCGAGCUGGCGCCGGAGCCCGAGGCGGACGCCGCCGCCGCCGUCUCUGUGUCCAACACCUUCGCCGUGGCCGUCGCGCCCAUCAACAUCGCCGUACAGCCAACCGCCGGCGCCGCCGCCGCUAGCGGCGCAAGCCGCGGCGGCAUGCUGCCGUACACCUUCGACGCCGAGGAGUCGGACGGCUCGGGCUCCCAGUCAGACGGCGAGUCAUCAUCGUCGUACGGCGGCGAUGAGCUGCCGCCUGACGUGGUGGCGGCCGCCGCCAUGAACGUACAUCCAGACGACGAGCUGCUCGGUAUGUCAGUGUACGACACUGAGCAGCCGCCGCAGCAGUACGACACGCCGUAUGACGCGCCGUACACCAGCAGCGCGGCGCAGGGCUCGUACGACAGCGGCGACUCCGGGAACGGCACGGAUCGGCAGUACGACGCGGCGGUUGGUACGGAGGUGGUUGCUGACUCGGCGUACAACUACAAUGUGGGCGGCGGCGGCGGGCGGUUCGUGGUGGUGCCGCUGGGCCAUGAGCGGGAGUUCAAAGACAUGUUCAACACCAUCAUGUCCUUCACCCGGGCGGACUACGAGAAGGAGGCGAUGCGGAGUUUCGAGCUGACCCUGUGGCAGGCCCUGCGCGACUCCGGAAACGUGUAGCCCGCCAAUGGACAAGCGUGCGUGCUGGGGUGGAGGGGUGGAUGGGUGGGUGGGGCAACGACAUGUCCGAGCCCACUGGAGGGGAAGCCUUCCGCGUUUGCCCGCUGCGUGUGCGUGUGGGCUUGCAUGGGGCGAGAUGGGCGGACGCCUUCUGGGCAAGUGGUGGGAAUGGCCCAGUCCUGCAGGAGUGCGUUGAUGUGGUGUAGUCUGGGCGCGGUUCGCUGUGCUGUUGUUGUUGUGCUUGCGCUGCAGCAAGUAAGACGUCCGGAGCUGUUGUGUAUUGUCCUUGUCUCCUUGGCGUUGCUGUGGCGAAGAACAAUGCGGGGUGGCCGCGCGCGUAGUAGGAGUGUUGUAGCCAUGUGGCGGGGUACAGGUGAUUGUUGGUGCGUUCGGGCCCCGCGGAGUAAAUACAUCGAGUAAUAGGAUGCACGCAAUGGAUGAGCGGAGGUUGAGCUUCCACAGCGGUCCCGUGAACAAGGACCACGCGUGCGGCAUGCCAGAGGUGCAGGGGUGCUGAUACGUGUACGCCGGAGCUUUAAUUGCAAAGAGUUGUUGAAUGGGGAGGUAUGCUCGCUCGCGAAGGACGUGGGUGAGUUCCGUAAUUACACGCCGCGUUCACAACUGCGGCAGGCAGCAGCAGUGUGCUGUUCGUGCGAACCCGUUUGAUUCAAAUAUGUAAGUCGCAGAUAGA